AUGGCUGAUAUAGGUGCCGCCAAUUUCGGCGCGGUUGACUACUGCGUCUUCGUGGCGAUGCUGGGCAUCUCGCUCGGCAUCGGCUUCAACCACUGCGUCCGCGGCAAUAAAACCACCGAAGACUUCCUUCUUGCCAGCAAAUCCAUGUCGCCGGUGCCGAUCGCUUUCUCCCUUACAGCUACCCUCGUUUCUUCUGUAUCUAUUUUGGGCAUGGUGUUCGGUAUGUUGAUAGCCAUCCAUGUCUUCAUCCCUGUCAUCUACCCUCUCCGGCUCGACAGCAUAAACGAGUAUCUGGAACGCCGAUUUAGAUCCCACCUAGUCAAAAAUUUGGUGAUGUUUAUGACCUCCGUGGCAAUCCUCAUAAACCUCGGCAUCGGCCUCUACGCCCCUACCCUCGCCCUCGAGUCUGUCACGCCCAUCACUUCUGUGACAUACGUUCUGGUCCUUGGAUUUAUAGUCACCAUUUAUUCUUCUUUCGGUGGCAUGAAGGCCGUGGUGUGGACGGACGUGUUCCAGACGAUAGUGAUCGUCCUCGGUGUAAUCGUGAUCGUAAUCUCAACGACAGUCAUCGCAGGAGGACCGGUCCAGGUCUGGAGAAUUGGCUCCGAGUACCACAGGACAGACGCAUUGGACUGGAGAUUCGGUCUAUUCGUACGUCAUACGGUCUUCAACACUGUGUUGAAAGACCUGAUAAUUGUCACUGCGCAGUACGCAUUCCACCAAAGUACUGUUCAAAGGCUCGCCACUCUACGAAAUUUGCAAAUGGCUAGAAUGGUCCUGUACCUGAACAUGAUCGGUGUGGUGUUCAUCCUCACUCUUCUCAUCCUCGGCGGCUUGUGCAUCUUUGCCGUGUACGCAGGAUGCGAUCCCAUCACGCUGGGCUUGAUCUCCAGGAAGGAUCAGAUCCUGCCUUAUUUUGUCAUAGACUAUUUGGGCUUCCUUCAUGGGAUUCCAGGACUCUUUGUGGCUUGUCUAGUCUGUGGAACCCUGAGUACAAUUUCCUCGCUCUUGAAUUCCCUCACAACGAUGGUGUGGAAGGACAUCAUGUGUGAGAUUACAUUCUUCAAGACGGCUUCUGAGAAUGUGCGCACCAUCACCACAAAAGGGAUGACAUUUUUAUUCGGUAUGAUUAUGAUAGCCUUGGCGCUAUCAGCCUCACGAAUAGACGGACUCAUACAAGCCGCCACAACUGUAAUGGGCAUCCAAGGAGGUCCCAACUAUUGGCAUAUUCUUCUUGGGCAUCUGCUUGCCCUUCUGUAAUAAAAAGGGGGCCUUGGCUGGCAUCAU